UUUCCGGCGGAAGCAGCCUCAACAAGGGAAACUUUAUUGUUCCUGUUGGUUCUGAGAGGAUGUCGGUGAAUUACGCGGCCGGGCUGUCGCCGUAUGCUGACAAGGGAAAGUGCGGCCUCCCAGAGAUCUUUGACCCCCCAGAGGAGCUGGAGUGGAAGGUGCGGGAGCUGGCAAGGUUGGUCUGGCAGUCCUCCAAUGUGGUGUUCCACACAGGCGCCGGCAUCAGCACCGCCUCGGGCAUCCCCGACUUCAGGGGCCCCCAUGGAGUCUGGACAAUGGAAGAACGGGGCCUGGCCCCCAAGUUUGACACCACCUUUGAGAGCGCACGGCCCACGCUGACCCACAUGGCUCUGGUACAGCUGGAGCGUGUAGGCCUUCUCCGCUUCCUGAUCAGCCAGAACGUGGAUGGGCUGCAUGUGCGCUCUGGCUUUCCCAGGGAUAAGCUGGCCGAGCUCCAUGGGAACAUGUUUGUAGAAGAAUGUAUCAAGUGUAAGACGCAGUAUGUCCGGGACACAGUCGUAGGCAGCAUGGGCCUCAAGGCCACAGGUCGGCUCUGCACAGUGGCCAAGGCAAGAGGGCUGCGGUCCUGCAGGGGGGAGCUGAGAGACACAAUCCUGGACUGGGAAGAUGCUCUGCCUGACCGGGACCUGGCUCUUGCAGAUGAGGCCAGCAGGAAUGCUGACCUGUCCAUCACCCUGGGCACCUCGCUGCAGAUCCGGCCCAGCGGGAAUCUGCCACUAGCAACCAAGCGCCGAGGAGGCCGACUGGUCAUCGUUAACCUCCAGCCCACCAAGCACGACCGCCAGGCUGACCUGCGCAUCCACGGCUAUGUUGACGAGGUCAUGACCCAGCUCAUGAAGCACCUGGGGCUGGAGAUUCCCAACUGGGAUGGCCCCCAUGUGCUAGAGAGGGCCCUGCCACCCCUGCCCCGCCCACCCUACCCCAAACUUGAGCCCAAGGAGGACCACCCUGCCCAGCUCAACGGCACACUCCUUGAUGACGCCAAGCAGGAGCCCACAACUGAGCCCUGCACCCAGCACAAUGGCCCUGAGCCUGCCACCCCCAAACAGGAGCAGCCAGACAGCCCUGCCCCCUGUAGGCCCCCCAAAAGGCUGAAGGCUGAGGCAGCUCCCAGCUGACUAGGGUGCUUGGGGAGGGAGGGGCUUUUUGUAGAAACCAUGGGUUCUUUUUUCCUUAUGGUCUCACUUUGUUACACAUAUCUGUCCUCUGGGGACCUCAGGGCACUGACAGCCAAUGUCAGACUGGGCCUCUGGUAGGGGCCUGGGAAAGUCACACUCUGGAGCUGUCACCCAGGCACAUGCUGUCUGCCCCAGCACCCAGCCUGACUCAGGGUGUUCUGGGAGGCAUGGCUGCGCCCUCCCUGGUUUCUAGCCUAAACAAGAAGGAGCUCUCUCUGUCCCCUGGGCUUUCUGUCUGGACCCCUUACUCCGCCCACCCUGUCCUGGCUCUUGGGCUGCCUCCCCAGAGUUGACAUUGUGGGCCCUCUGGGAGGGGAACCACACCUCCAAGUGGGACACACAAUAGAGGUUUGCACCGCCUUGCAGAAUGGAGGGAGGGAGAGGUGGGUCUACCCAGCUUCCUCCAGGCUUCCAGAAAAGUCUUCAAUGCAAUAAAAACAACUUCCAUACAUCUGAGUAUGUUUAACUCCUGACUUGUGCCAGGUCCUUAUGCCUGGAGGCAGGACUGAAUGGUCUUCUCACCCCUGGAGACGUCUGCCUGUGCCUCUGUUGAAAUUCUCACCCAACAGCCUGGGGACCUGGAGGUCAAGGAAGGAGUGCUCAUCCCUUAGGGAGGUCCAGAGGGGUCA